CGCAGAGGAAUGAGUUAAAUUCCUCACGUUUUCAUCCUUUACUGUUAAAAUCUUUCUCCUGUUUUGUGUAGUUUGCUUUUUGUUGACUAUUUUUAUGUAGAGAUAGUUCAUGAAAAGUUACAGCAAAAUCUAAAAAUGCAUCAAAGCUUUAUUGACUUGCUCUCAGGUCGUCUUAUCUUUGAGUAAAACCUGCAGAAAUGUGUUUAUUUAAAGCUCCAGUAGGGAGUUUUUGAAGUCUAUAAAAUAAACUAAAAUUCAUAUUUAUGUCUUUUUAUGAUACUCAAAAGCAGGAAGAUUAGAAGACUCUAUUCAGGGACAUAGAGGAAAGACUGUUUUGUCCACAGGGGGCGCCAAAGUCAACACAAUCAGCAGUUCCUCACAGGAGCUUUAAAAAAAGGCUCACAUGCUCUGCUCUGAUUGGCUGUCCUCUCUGUCCCCUUGUGUCCAGGAGGUGGUGCUGUACUGUUUGGAGGGGCGGCUCUGCGAUGUUAACCACAGAGAUAACGCCGGCUACUGCGCCUUACAUGAAGCCUGCGCCCGCGGAUGGUUGAAGAUCGUACGCCACCUGGUGGAGCACGGAGCUGACGUCAACUGCAGCGCUCAAGACGGGACGAGGUGAGACGGACGGCGAGUUUUAGACUCCGCAGCGAGGUUCGAGGGUUAAUUGCAGUGAGAAUGAUCGGAUUUUGUUUCUUGUUUCAGACCGCUGCAUGACGCCGUGGAGAACGACCACGUGGAGGUGGUGCGUUUCCUGUUGGCCUGUGGCGCCGACCCGACCCUUACCUCCUACUCGGGGCGAGGACCAAUCAACAUGACCCACAGCGCGACCAUGGAAACCUUCCUGGAGGGUAGGAGAUAGUUAAAAACCCGGACGGGUUAUUGGUUAGUGGUUACGGCGAGUUAAAGAGGCGGUUUCCACGGAAACGCGUUCGGGUUCGUCUUCCAGUGACGGAGGGAUGGAAAUUAAAAAGUUAAAUGAAAUGAAAAAAAAUGAAAAAUUGAAUUUAAAGGAGAGAAACGUGGGAGCAAACAAGACAGAAAUAGACGAGAGAAAAGUGUGUGCGUGCGUGCGUGCGUGCGUGCGUGCGCGCGCGCGCGUGCGUGCGUGUGUGUGUGUGUGUGUGUGCGCCAGCCUGUCUGAUUACCAUUCCCUGCCUGUAUUUGUUCUCACUCUCCAUCUUUCCCUUUUUUUCCCUCUCUCUCUCUCCGGAGGGGUUUAAUGAGGCUUGGCUGUUGAAUCCCAGAACAGCUUACUGACACACACACAAACGCACACACACACACACACACACACACACACACACACACACACACUGAAACACCCACACACACUCCUGCCAGCAUCCGUCUACUCAGCGCCAAGCGCCGCGGCGACAAGCCGGCACCGUCUGAGCACAAACACUCAUCUUCUUCUCCUCUCUUUUGCUGCGUGUGUGUAUAUGUGUGUGUGUGUGUGUGUUCGUGUGUGUGUGAGCCUCUUUGUUUUCGUCUCGCUGCCUCCGCCCUCUCUGAUUGGUCGGUUCUGACUCCGUGCCUCUCUCUGCAGACUAUCUCUCAGACCUCCAGGGGCGGUCGGAGGGCGAUCCAGGAAUCUUCUGGGAGUUUUACGGCAGCUCAGUGUGCGGUUAGUUUACACACAAACACACAACCAGACACACACAACGCCAUCAGGGGAGGUUGAGGCGGGUGAUGACUAAGGGAAAGGUGGAAACCAGGGCAGAGAGAGAAACAGCUGACCUGAACGAGUGAAGUCUAAAGGUCUUGUUGCUCAUUUAACAGAACCGUCCGGCGAGGCAGGAGCGUACAACAUCCUCGCCGACCCUCCAGGACCAGAGGAAGAGGAGGACGGCGAAGAGGAGGGCGAGGAUGAGGAGGAGCGAGUGAGGAGAGAGGUGUUUGAGUUUGAGCUGUCCGACCGGCCGCUCCUCCCCUGCUACAACAUCCUGGUGUCUCUGUCCCAGGGGUGAGUAUAAACACGAGUGAAGGAGCUCAGAGGAAAGACAGAGAUGCCCGAUUAAAAACAUGGACGCAGAUUCUCACCCGUGCACAUACGCAGAAGCACACACACUUUUCCUUCCACACAUAUCCCACUCUUAAGAUCCUUGCACACCGGGACCGACGCAAAUAUAUGACGUGAAAUUACGAAAUAUUCGGAGGCAAAUUUUGACAAACCUGACUACACACAUCAAGCCCGAUGCGGUUUUGCGACUUUCCAUGGGGAAAAAGAUGCAUCCUGGGUAAGACUUUUCCCGGGAAAGUCCCGCCUCCUCAUCACACGCUCAAGCCAAAUGGUCAGCGCUUAUAGCCAAUCAGAGGCUAAGGAGGGCGGGGCCUUCCCUUACCAUCCUACAGCGUCCCAGGUGGAAGUGAGAAGACAAAAAUGGAGUCUUCUUCAAAUUCAAGUGAUGGCGAAUUGGUACUCCUGUCGCUUUCUCAAAAGAAAAGAAACGUAGCACAUGAGUGCAUCCAAUAUUACAAUACAACAAUAUUACGUCGCAACAACACGCAAUCUGAUUGGUCAGAAGUGGACACACAGCAUGCAAAACUUAUAAUAUUGCAGGAUGGGAGAACAUCGCUGGUGUGAACGCUUGUAUUGACAGGAUUCAGGUUAGGAAAAAAUAUUGACAUCCGAAAUAAUUGCACGAAAAAAACGCUCCUGGUGUGAAAGGACCUUUAGACGUCCAUAAAUAGUGGCAUGUUAAGUUUCAUCCAAUUCUGAUGAUGUUUAGUGGAUGAAUCAGCGCUUCAAACACCCUCAGUCCAUGAAUGAAGACUUAUAUAUCGGCACUGAAGGGGUUAAAAUUACGUGAUGACUCAAUCUGUUGUAUCACUGUCAGAAAGUCAAAUUUAGAGCCCUGCAAAAAGACUGACAGCAAAAAGAAGGUUAUAAUAUGUUGUUAUGGUGACGUAAACACACGGUCAAAAAACGUGUUUUUAAUGGAAGUCUAUUGUCCGAUUUGCAGACAAAGGAGGAUGGGUGGAGCUAAAAUGUGGCGACAGAGAACUACAGGUGACAGGGUUCGUUUUUUUUUCUUAAUAUGAAGAAAAUUAAGAACUCUCACCAAAUUUGAUGCCCCAAUCUUUAAAAAUGUGACCGUCAGCUCAAAAUAAAGAUGAAAAAAACAACAAAUUUCCUCAAAACGGACGAAGACUGAGCGUAUCAGUUCAGUAGUGCUAGUUCAGGCAGGUCACAGAAGUGAAGCUCAGCCCGAUUACCUUCUACUGAUGACAAUUUUAAAGAGUUGUUUACAUCUAAAUACGCCAGAACUCUGAAUAUACCAACAUACCCAACAAAACUCACACACACACACACACACACUUUCUCUUUCCUAAUUCACACUCUUUUUCUCACUCACACAUCCUCUCUCAGUGUUGUUCUCGCACAUCUCCCUCUUUUUCACACACACUUUCACACACACACACACACACACUCCCCAAUUACGGCGGAGGAAAGAGGCUUAGAAAGAGAGAAAGGGAAGGCGGAGGAGGGAGAGAGCUGAUGAAGGGGAGCGUGAGCGGAGAGAGAAAAAACAGACCCUCAAAGGAGAGAUGGAGAGAAAGAGAGAAAGAUAAAGGCAGGACAGACGGAGAGGUCGUUAACGAGGAUUGCAUCGCCGUGGCGACGCGGCUAAUUGGCUUCCACCUCGUCUUCCUCCCCUGUCGCCUCUCUCCUCCUCUCUCUCUCUCUCUCACACUCAUUCUUCGCUCCUCUCGGGUCUGAUGUAGUAUUAAUGGCUCCUCCUGGGUACAAGGCCACCGGGCACACACACACACACACACACACACACACACACACACACACACACACACACACACACGCAUAUCAUUGGGCUGUUUAACAUUCCGUCAGCAGCCGGCUUUAAAGCAACAUGUGGCCUUGUCGACUAUAUAUGUGUGUGUGUUAAGCUUCCUACGCCCUUCAUACACUUGGACACACACUUACAUUACACACAGAAACACACACACACACACACACACACUGACAGACAUUGUGAAUCAAUAACAGCUCCACAGAUAUGGGGUUGUCUCUCGCAGCAGAGGAGGAAGCUGUCCUUCCUCGUCCCUCCUUCUUCUAUCUCUGAUGAUUAUGACGGUUAUCAGUUUGUCGUUAAACAUCACGCAGUUAUUUGAUCAAUUUUAAUUACUGCCUGUUCCACCAAACUGUCCCUGAAUGAUAAAUGACCCGAUUUCUCUCAGAGGGAUUCACAUAGUUGUAGGAAGAACAGUUCUUUUGACUGUACUGAAUCUUUAGAAUCCGUUUAUUAAAACGAUUCGUUGAAAAGAUUCGUUCACCCAGAGAAACACAGCUCCUGAGUCCAACUUCAGAUUCUUAGUCAUUAAACCACAGGAAAGGUGUCCACUUCACACCUCCAUCUUCAAAGAUCAGUUACCGCUAUUUCUGAAUCCAGCUCCGGCCACAGAUGGUAGUUUCUGGAAUGAUUUUGAACCCAUGUGGUGACUUCCACUUUAGAGUCCAGUCCAUUUUUUAUGCAGUUGGGGUAGCAAAUACAUAGAUCAUUGGUCUACAUACUUCUGUAAAGGUCCGUUUAUCCUGUAAAUCCUUCUUCUUCCUCUGCCCUCCAGCCCCAGGAACUGGCUCCUCCUCUCUGACGUCCUGGGUCGUCUCAGGAUCACCUCUCGGUCUUUCCGGCGCCUCUUCCCUCAGCUGAACGUGCAGUCCAUCCCCGAGGACGAGUUCUACCGUCAAGCGUCUCUUUCGCAGCUCCUCACGGGUCCUGAUGAGCAGGAACUCGCCUCCUUCAGACCCGAUGUUAAAGACCCUCUGGAACUGGUCGAAGCGACCCCUGAGCUGGCCGGGAUGCUCGGAUCAUCGCUGGAGUUUGUGGACAGUCGUUGGGACUCCUUGGAGGCUUCGCCGCCUCCAACACCACCUCCAGUUCCGUCACAUAGACCACCAAGACCAGCACAGCAUACUCAAUCACUGCUGCAACAACAGGGUGUGAUCUAUGCUAAUGCUAACAGUGUGUUUAGAAACAGGAUUGUAGAGUCUUCUCAGUGCAAAGGACCGAAACAUCUGGGAUGUUCUGCUCCAGCUGCUUCAUCGGAGACUAGAAUGGAUACUCACAUUUGGGAACCACAACAGCUGGAGAGUAAAAACACCAGAGUCCCUCUUCCUUUAAAACCAAACCUAACAAAUACUACUGGCAUGUGGGAACCUCAAAGUUUACAAAGUAUGAAAGCUAACUUGGACUCUAAGAUCAACCCCAGCAAGUGGGAACUGCAAAGACAGCAAAGCAGGAGUCCAUGGAUCCCGAAUUCUGCAAAUCUAGACGCUAAGAUUACGUCUAGCAUGUUAGAACGACAACAAUGUGGUGAAGACAUCAGGAAUGAAACGGACCACAAGAUGGACUCACGUCUGCGAGAACACCAGCGACUGAACAGAAAGGAUACCGGCAUUACCAAAGCGGCAAAAGGUGACUUUGAAACAGACUUUAUUGGAUCACAACAACAACGUGGACUCGUCAAGGACAGUGGGAAUGCUUACUCUGCUAAUUUGAACUCUAAAAUGGACUUUAGCACGUGGGAGCGGCAGCAACAAAGACAAACAUCAACCGGGAAAACGCCAGCGAAAUCCAGCAUGGAGGUCAGUGCAGGCAUGUUGGAACCACAGCGACUGCGCAGCCGCAGUUGUGUGAGUUUAAACGCCAAAGCAGACGCUGCCAUGUCCCGACCUCAGCAAACACAGAGUAAGAAGCCGACUUUUCCUGCUAAAUCCAUCAGUACUGUAGAUGCUAAUACAUGGAAACAACAAAACCAAAGGAGUAAUACCAUCGGGGUUUUGGAUUCUGUAGAUUCUCCGGCUGUGAUGAGUGCUUUGGAUCCACAACAACUAAGAAGUAAGAAUGCAGCAAUAACCAGCGCAGUGAAAACAAAUGCUACGCUGGAUGCUAACAAGUGGGAAAACCUGGAGAUUAAGAGGGCAGGAGGAACUGGCACAGCUCUGAAAAGAAUAGCAAAUCCCUGUGAGAGUCCAGGCCAGGAAGCUAAGGCAAUAAAGAUGGACGCUGCCUGGCAGAGGAACUUGGCUGACGUCAGAGUCCACAUCAGGGACCUGGGGAUGAGACUCGGGGGAGGAACCAUCCGCAAAGACUUAAAAAGGGAACAGAGCAGGCCUGCUGGGAAGGGAGCCAGGGUGAAAAGCAGGUCAUGA